AUGGCGGAGCUGACGGCUCUGGAGAGCCUCAUCGAGAUCGGCUUCCCCAGGGGACGCGCGGAGAAGGCUUUGACUCUCACAGGGAACCAGGGUAUCGAGGCUGCGAUGGACUGGUUGAUGGAGCACGAAGACGACCCCGAUGUGGACGAGCCACUAGCGACCCCUCUUGGACAUAUCUUGGGACGGGAACCCACCCCCUUGGAGCCAGGACCAGCGCCUACUGCGGGAGAAGGCAAACCCGUUUUGAGUGAAGAGGAGAGACAGGAACAGACUAAGAGGAUGUUGGAGUUGGUGGCCCAAAAGCAGCGGGAGCGUGAAGAAAGAGAGGAGCGGGAGGCAUUGGAACGGGAACGACAGCGCAGGAGACAAGGGCAAGAGUUGACAGUUGCCCGACAGCGGCUACAGGAAGAUGAGAUGCGCCGGGCUGCUGAGGAGCGGAGGAGGGAAAAGGCUGAAGAGUUAGCAGCCAGACAAAGAGUCCGAGAAAAGAUUGAGAGGGACAAAGCAGAGAGAGCCAAGAAGUAUGGUGGUACUGUGGGUCCUCAGCCGUCCCCACCAGCAACAGAGCCAGGUCCUGUUCCCUCCUCUCCCAGCCAGGAGCCUCCCACGAAGCGGGAGUAUGACCAGUGUCGCAUACAGGUCAGGCUGCCAGAUGGGACUUCACUGACCCAGACGUUCCGGGCUCGGGAACAGCUGGCAGCAGUGAGGCUCUAUGUGGAGCUCCACCGUGGGGAGGAGCCAGGAGGUGGCCAGGAUCCUGUGCAGUUGCUCAGUGGCUUCCCCCGGCGGGCCUUCUCAGAGGCUGACAUGGAGCGGCCUCUGCAGGAGCUGGGACUUGUGCCUUCUGCUGUCCUCAUUGUGGCCAAGAAAUGUCCUGGCUGAGAAGCCUUUAUCGCACCAUCUUUCUCUGACCUCUCAUCUUUGAUAAAGCACUGACAUCUCCUUCCUAAUAAAUAGACCCUCUGAGUUCUAUA